UCCGGGUAAGAUGGCAGCAGACGGACAGUGCUCGCUCCCCGCUUCAUGGCGGCCAGUGACCCUCACCCACGUCGAAUAUCCUGCAGGUGAUCUCUCUGGCCACCUCCUUGCCUACCUGAGCCUUUGCCCUGUUUUUGUCAUCGUUGGUUUUGUAACCCUCAUCAUAUUCAAGUGGGAGCUGCACACAAUCUCAUUCCUCGGGGGACUGGCAUUGAACAAGGGGGUGAACUGGCUAAUCAAGCACGUCAUCCAGGACCCUCGGCCCUGUGGAGGUCCCCACACAGCAGUGGGUACUAAGCACAGGAUGCCCUCCAGCCAUUCCCAGUUUAUGUGGUUCUUCUCUGUCUAUUCCUUCCUUUUCCUGUAUUUAAGAAUGUACCAAACAAAUAAUGCUAGGUUCCUGGACUUGCUAUGGAGGCAUGUUCUCUCCCUGGGGCUCCUCACUGCUGCCUUUCUCGUCUCCUUCAGCAAGGUCUACCUGCUGUACCACACCUGGAGCCAGGUGCUCUACGGGGGCAUUGCUGGAAGCCUCAUGGCCAUUGCCUGGUUCAUCUUCACCCAGGAUGUCCUCACCCUGCUGUUCCCCAGGAUAGCAGCCUGGCCCAUCUCUGAGUUCUUCCUAAUCUGGGAUACAAGCCUCAUCCCUAAUGUACUCUGGUUUGAGUACACAGUAACCCGAGCAGAAGCCAGGAACAGACAGCGAAAGCUGGGGAAAAAACUGCAGUGACUGGUGGGUGUGGCUGGGUCCAGCCUCCAAGUCUGGCCUGCACCAUGCCUUGCAGGUUGGACAGAAUGACAGAUGGAGGGAUGAAGCAGAGACCUCUACAGACCCAAGUCACCAAGU